AUGGAGAGUCCACCAUGCAGGACAGUCAAAUGGUCAUUACUUAGGAUUACAGGAAUCUUCCUAGUUGUUCGUACCCUACAAUAUCUACUAAUAUUUUUAACGCCAUCUAAUCAAUUUGACACAUCUACUCAAUUGCUUCUGGAUGAAUUGCUAACAAAUUCACAGGAUCAAUACAAAUUUUGGAAUAGAAAUAUUUGGAACAAAUUAUUGUCAUGGGAUGCAGUUUAUUUUAUCAAGGGAAUGGUGGGUUCGCCUGAUCGAGAUGUGCCAGAAUACGAACAUGAAUGGGCAUUUUCACUAAUAUGGAUCCAAUUAGUUCGAUUGAUAUCCAGAUCCAACAGUGGGACAAUCGAACUAUACCGAGCAUUAUACGUAGGUGUCCUCAUGGAAAACAUAUUAUUUUAUCUUUCUGCUGUCAUUCUAUUUUUUCUAACGUGGAAAACGUUUACUCAAGGAAGCAUCCAUUAUUCUCGUGGGUCCGCUAUGAAAUUAUCCCUGUUAAGUUCAACAUUAUUCAUACUAUCGAGUGGUAGUGGGUUUUUUACUGGCUUGUAUUCGGAACCAUUAUCAUCAUUUUGUACUUUUCUGGGAAUGUUUCUAAGAGAAUCUUCAAUUUACUAUCCCUCUAAUGGAUCAUAUGGAUAUACUUUUGAUUGGUAUUCAUUGCCACUUUAUUCCUUUGGGAGUUGCCUCUGUUUCAGUUUGGCUUGUUUGAAUAGGUCAAAUUGUUUAUUGUUGGGAAUCUAUUAUGUUUAUGAUCUUUGUCAUUUAUUAAGAUCUAAGGAGAGAAAUUGGUAUAAGAUUAUUCUGUUUCCAAUCAUAUCAGGUUCCAUAAUGGGUGGCUUAUAUGUAAGACAACAAUAUUGGGUUCCCUUUAAUGAAUUUUGUCCCGAUAAUGGUGGAUGGUGCCAGGAUAUCUUAUUCAAGUUUGUAACGAAACAAUCACUUUAUCAGUUCAUACAAAAGAAGUAUUGGAAUGUGGGACUUUUCCAAUAUUGGACUUUGAAUAAUUUACCAAAUUUCAUUAUUGGCUUACCAACUUUUAUUAUCCUAAAUAUUUCAUGUGUUUAUUUCCUUCGAGUUUAUCCCAUGAGACAUCUUUAUGCUACAUGUAUUAUCACAUUGUCUUUCAGUUUCAUAAUCUUGUUAGUUGCACAUUUCCAAAUUAUUAAUCGUGUUUGUUCAUUCUUACCCUUGCAUUUAUGGUACAUUGCAGACAGAUUGGUGAAAAGAUGGUCUCUAAAUGGUGAAAAAAACCACAAACAACUUAAUGGAGAUGAUACCAUUGUCAAAUUAUAUUUAUAUUGGUUAGUUAUUUGGGUCCCCAUACAAACUAUACUUUUUGCAUUUUUCUUACCUCCAGCAUGA